CAAUAUAACAACGAAUAUAUCAAUUGACGUUACAACGAAAAGUGUCAUCCAUGUAUCUCUUGACAACAACUACAAGAAAAAAAAUGGUUCCAUCCCAUUGACCGACUCAGACCUCGAAUUCACACCCACACAAACGCUCUCUUCUACAAGUCCUCGCACUCCUAGAAAGCGCAAAGAGCUAUUCGCGCCAUUACACUUCCGGCGACGUCCCUGAAAAUCAGCGGAAGGUCACCCGGUCCCGCGAAUCUCAAUAAACCUACACACACCUAUGCCUCUAUUCUCUCUAAACUAUGCCGCGCGAAUCAUCGAAACGCACAUAAUAAUAAAUAUCACCGGCUGAGUUUUCGAAAUACACACAUCUCGCAGCUUCGGUGAAGGGAGAGCGAGAGAGAAGGAAAAAGUCUCGGCAACGAUCGCGUCGAGUGUGCAGCAGUAUAAGAGAGUUCGGCACCACGUCCUCGCGCGCGAUUCCAUCACCGACCGCCGCUGGAGAAAAAAGAGUCGCGGGAAAAACCCGCGCGGCUGCAAUACCUAAGCCGCCUAAUUGAACUUUUCGCGGGAAAGAGAGAGAGAGAGAGAGAGAGAGAGAGAGAGAGAGAGAGAGAGAGAGAGAGACUUGCGGUUAUAAAAGAAAGAAAGGAAGGGACGAGGGAGUGAAUGGGCCACGAGACUUCGUAGAGUCAGCUUGGAAAAUUCGAGAUGUCGAGACUGAGUUGUCUGCUGCUGUGCGCGGUUCUUACGUUGGGAGCUUCCGUGCUUGCGAAGCCCGCAGAAAUUCGAAUCGAGCGCGCCACCAGUGCCGUCAGUUUUCCGAGGGAGACUGCAGCUCGGCUGGAGGAUGAGGAACCGAUUUUGAGCGAAGCUGCGGUCAAUGAUGGCCUUGAACGAGAGCAGCGAUCUCCGGACGGCGAUGACUACGAGGAGGUCGAGGAGGACGGUCCGGAGGGAAGGCAUCUGAAGAAAAAGCUCAAGCGCAAGUUCAAGCCUCACAAAUACGGCCACGGAGGAGGACUCCUCGAUGGGCUGUUGGGUGGAUAUGGAGGAUACGGUGGACACGGGGGACACGGUCAUGGAGGACAUGGUCACGGUGGACAUGGACACGGAGGACACGGGGGGUAUGGAUGUCGCAAGCUCCAUGGCUGCGGCGGUGGAUAUGGAGGAUGGCAGCAGCCGUCUUACGGAGGUGGACCCAUCGCCGCAGCAUUCGCGGGCCCGAAUCCUGGCUACGGAGGCUGGAAUCCAGGAUAUGGAGGAGGCUAUGGUGGUCGACCUCAGCAUGCUCAAUCGCAAGUCGCCAGCUGGAAUUUCGGACCGUUCCAGGCCACUUUCGGACUUGCCCAAGCUCAGGGAUGAUUAACGAUGCUAUUGUGAAAACGCCAACCACCAUACGUUUCAUCAGCAUCCGACUGUAAAUACCGAUUUCAUCAUUCCCCAUCUUCCAACCAUAAAACUCCAGAACCUCGACGAUCACGACGUGGCCAGCCCGAUUAAAAAUAGACGCGCCCUCACGAUGUUUGUAAAUAAAGACCCUGCUCCUACAAGAUUGAACCCAGCAGAAAAUAAAAUUAAAAAACCCGAGAACGAAGCAAAAGCAAAGCAGAAGAAGUAAGAACGAGCCACCCCCGAGCUGGCAGGCCUCCUUCCUCGAGAUUCCCUUGAGUCUCGUCCUUCUCUCUUAUACUUACUCUCCGCUUCUUCUUUGUCUGUAUGCCAGCCACCAGAUGUUCCUCAAAGGGCAAAACCGGUAAAAAUUCGCGAACCGGCCGAAGAAGAAGCAGCAGCAGCAGCAGUGGCCAGGAGAAGAAGAAGAAGUGCGAGAGAAAAACAAAGGGAGAAUUAAAGGGAGUCGAGGAGGGUGCGGGAGAGAUGCCUGUCUGUACGUACCUAUAUACGUGUUUAUGAGAACGAGA